CUAAAGGCUGGAAAUGCUGAGAGAAAUUGUAACAGGUAAUCAGCUUGGUGCUCACAUUAAUAAGAUGGUAAGCGUCACUGGUAUUGUCACAGAAAUAUCUCCAAACGGCCUAUGGUUCGAGAUGAAGACAACAGACAAUCAAAUUGUGAGAAUUUCCUUGAAGAGACCUAUUGAUAAUCCUAUAGAAGGUUACGUAGAGGUCCAUGGAAAAUCGACUGGGAAAGGCAUUACAGCAGAAGAAUACAUCACAUUCAGUAAUGAAAAUUUUGAUGCCAAAGCCUACAACUCUUUGAGCACCUUAUUGAACAGUGUACCAAACCUAUGGAGUACAUCAUAACUAAACAGAAUUUUAUUAAUGUUGUUCAUCCAUAGUAAUUAGUGUUUGGAUCAUUACAUUUCCAUUACAUUACAAUUAUUAUUCUUAUAGGAUAUCUCCUAAUUUUUGAGAUGUAAUUUCAUAAAUAGUUUGUGAGAAUAAAACAUAGAAUAAGUGUAAAUACUAUUUAGGCAAUGCUAACAUAAGAUGCAUAUUGAAUUUUUAUAUUUUUCCAACAAUUAUAAAUUUCGCCAGUAAAAUCUAUUCAAAUGAA